AUGACCAGCUCAUCGCGAGGAAACCCCACGCGACCCCAGGAUGACUCGCCCGGUCGCCAGUCAUCAUCAUCAUCGACAUCUACUUCCCAGACCUCCAAACCCACUGCCCAACCACGACCCCAACCCAUGAGGGACGGAGCUAGGGGCCUAACGACGGCCCAGCCGCCCGCAAUCUCGCGGGGAAUCUGCGGCCGCAUCGCUCAGUGGCUGUGGCCCGGCGGGUGGGGACCGUCGUGCGAACCCACUGGUCUUGGCUCUGUUGGCUCUGGAACGAGUUCCCAGCAAUCAGCAUCACGCCCGCAGUUACAUAUCCAGCCCUACGCGAGCGCCUCGCUCGACUGCAAGGCCUGUCGCGAGUGGAAUGUAGUUUGCGACCAUGCCCGGCCGCAGUGUGAACACUGCUAUGAGCAGCAGAUUCUCUGCUUCUAUGUCAAUCCCGGCCAGAGGGCGAGACAGAAAACGAGGCGGCGUGGGGAAAAUAUAGCCGGGCAAGUGGCGGCCAUCGCGGAGGAGCGUGCGCGGGAUGCACCAACAGCGACGACGGUUUGA